UCUCUGCUGCGCGCUCCCAGGAUCAGCAAAUGGACAAUAACACACACGGAAGAAUGAGCACCAUCACUACGAUGGCUGAUUCCUUUCCAUUUCCAUUACUCGAUGGUUCACUUGCGGGAAAACAUUUUUAUGACCGUAGCAGUGACUAUCUGAAGUGUGACACUGUGCAGUGGGACGUUCAGAGGACACAUGUGGCCACAACCGAAACUUUGCCAGGCGCAAAUGUAAGCUUCUCCACAUCAACAGGAGCAUUUAAUUUAAUCAAAGAUGAAAAAGAGCCUUCUGUGCUUAUGAACAGCCCCAUUCCCAACUUCGACACAUCACCGGAGAUUCCUGAUCUGGACACCUGCUGUGCCACCGACAGGAAGCAGCAGCUGAGGCUCAGUGACGGGGAGUCCGCGAGCUUCUCCCCGGCUGCAGCGAGGCCGAGGCUGGAGGGGUCUCCAAACUUCCUGAUGGACCUGAACCAGCCAGAUCAGCUUCCGGCGCUCAUCCAGGUGAGGGCCGACUCCAGGUGCGAUGUGUCCGGGAAGGCUGUUGGAAACUUUGAUGCCAUUACGCACGCAGCCCAGCAGCCACUGGCCAUGUACAAGAGCGAAGUUCCCCGUUGGCAGAUGCAGCCGUCUCCGCCUGAGACCCAGUACUGGUGCCAGUCCGUGGGGAUGAACGAUGACCAGUUCACACAAAACGGCUAUGAGGGGAUCCAGAACCAGGCCAUGAUUCGAAGGAACCCAUCACCAUAUUCCGCGUACCCCGGAAUGCCACCUCAGAGACAGUGUGUGAUCUGUGCGGAUGAGGCGUCUGGUUGCCACUAUGGAGUCUUAACCUGCGGGAGCUGUAAAGUAUUUUUUAAAAGAGCAGUUGAGGGCCAUCACAGCUAUCUCUGCGCUGGGCGAAACGACUGCAUUGUGGACAAAAUUCGGAGGAAAAAUUGCCCUGCGUGUCGCCUCCGGAAGUGCUAUCAAGCGGGAAUGAUGCUAGGAGGCAGGAAGCUGAAGCGUUUCGGGGCCUUGAAAGCCUUCAGUUUGGCCCCGUCCCUGAUGUUCCAGUCACACAUUGCCAUAUCCAACGAAAAUCACACCUUGACCUCCAUGUCGUGCAUACCAGGCGUCCGCGAGGAGCAGCUCUCCCAACAGAUCCUCAGUAUCCUGGAAAACAUCGAACCAGAGAUCAUGUACUCCGGAUUCAACAGCGCCCAGACCGACGGGCCCCACAUUCUGCUCAACAGCCUCAACAGGCUGUGUGAGAAACAGCUGGUGUGGAUCGUCAAGUGGUCCAAGACUCUCCCAGGGUUUCGUAAUCUUCACAUCACGGAUCAGAUGACCCUCAUCCAGUACUCGUGGGUGAACCUGAUGGUGUUCUCUCUUGGGUGGCGCUCCUAUCAGAAUGUCACCAAUGAAUAUUUAUACUUUGCACCUGAUCUGGUUCUCAGUCAGGAGCAAAUGAGCAGAUCUCCGAUUUACGAGCUGUGCCUGGCGAUACAGUUCAUCCCUCAGGAGUUUGCAAACCUUCAAGUUAGCCGCGAGGAGUUUCUCUGCAUGAAAGCCAUAAUAUUACUCAACACAGUGCCUCUGGAGGGACUCAAAAGCCAGGCAGUGUUUGAAGACAUGAGACAGAACUACAUCCGGGAGCUGACGAAGGCGAUACACUUGAGGGAGAAGGGCCUGGUGGCCAGCUCCCAGAGGUUCUACCACCUCACCAAGCUGAUGGACGCCAUGCAUGAUAUAGUGAAAAAGGUCAACCUGUUCUGUCUGAGCACCUUCAUCCAGGCGGACGCUAUGAAAGUGGAGUUUCCAGAGAUGAUGACGGAGGUGAUCGCCUCCCAGCUUCCCAAGGUCCUGGCAGGCAUGGUGAGGUCCCUCACCUUCCACUCCAAGUGAAGAUGCCAGCAAACACGUCGCAAAUCUGCGGAGACAUCUUGUGAGGGGGUUAUUCAUCACACGAUUACUGAAUUCUUUGUAAAGACCGUCAGUACUUCAGCCUUUUUACUUUAUAAGGGCAACAGAGUUCUUUCCACAUGCUUUUAAGUAUAUUGAAUAUAAUCUAUUUGAAACAUAUGAAUUCAGAGGCAUGAAUGGUUUUGAGAACCAUUAGAGAUACUGAUGUUUGUACUGAAGCUGCAAAAGAGAAACAAAAUAAUACAAGUUUACAAUUCAAUGUUCUCACCAUGAUUAUAUUCUUAGUGAAAGUAAAUGCAGUAAACAAAGACACUUAAUUAAUGAAAUCAUUUUAGAGUGACUCACUGCAACUACUUCAGGGGAGGAGAACAUGGAAGAUAACUAUCAGUAAAAUAUUUGAUAAGAAAUAAUAUACUUACUGUGAUCUUGAGUGGGUUAAAAAUAAAAACUACGAGGACAUUUUCGCAAAGGCUUUUUGCCCUUAGUGUGUUAUUUUCAUACAGUUACUUAUUCUAAAAAUGUCUUCAUUAAAGACAUUCAGACAAUUGGAGAAGUGUGCCACAUUUGAAAUGAUCGCAGUACGUUAAUACAUUCAAUUCACAAUGUCACAAUGAAAUACUUUUCUGACUCAGCAUAAAAACAACUGGUCACUGUCUCCUUGGCACAUGCUCUUACUCUAAACUAAAUACUGACUUUUGUUUUGGAGCUGUAGUUAACAAAAAAUGAAAAGAAAUGUUGAAUCUAACUUCCCUGGCGGGGAUAAUAGAAAUGCAAACAUAUUUUGAUAUAGCUUUGGAUAGGAAUGAAAGUAUUUCAUACUAGGACAUACUCUAGUCUAGUUGUAGCUCUUUUAAUUGAAAAACAUCCCCCUAUAGUUGGUGCAUAAAGACACAAGUGUUGUGUUAGUGUGCCUCCAACAGUCGACACACUAACAAUCCAUUCUCACUAUUCAUCCUGUUGUACAUGUUGUAAUUAAGGUUUUCUGACUGCAGUGAGAAGUUAACUGUGACAAAGAAGUUGACAAAAGUUUGAAUAAAUCACGCUGUUUA